UAAAUGUUGCACUGGAGCUCCAGAGAGUAGCGAUGGCACGCUGAGCGAGCGGCAGUUCGACAGGGGCGAGCAGCAUGCGGAGAGCUUCUGGUCUCAUCGCGCAUGCGGGCGGUCGUCGGGGCUCAACUCCGGUGGUCCCGGCGGCCUUCGAGCCGACCAGCGGUCCUGGCCUCGGCACCUCCGGCCCGCCGAGUGCUGGGGGCCCGCCGGGUGCGCCAGCGCUCCCCGCUCAGGUGUCUCAGGGGCGCAGCCCGGCGAAUGGCAUUGCAGCAGAGGCCGCUACAGCCGCAGCCGCAGCCACAGCCGCAGCCGCUACGGGCACGGGCGCGGGCACGGGCGCAGCGCCUCAGAAGCUGCGGCGGGACGCGCCCUCCGGCUGCAGCGGCCUUGUGACUGACCGCACAGGUAGCUGGCAGCAGCAGCUGGGACUCGCAGCCCCAUCCGCGCCAGGGCUUGUGGCGCGUCCGCGGGGUGGCAGCGGCAGCGGCGUCGGUGGCGGCGUCGGUGGCGGCACGCCGCACGGCACACUGUGGGAUACGGCGUUGCGGCAGGCGGCUGCAGCUGUGGCGGCGGCGGCGGCGGCGGCGACAGUGGCGGCUGCCGUGCCCUACGCCAGCCGUGACCUGGCACACAGGGCGUUGGCGGCUACGGGCCGCGCAGCCGGGGAAGCGUCGGGGCAGCCGGGUCUGGGAGAGCGCGGCUGUAGCAGCUGCGGCGGAGGCGGCAGUAGCACUGCCGGCGGCAUGGGCGGUGGUGGCAGUAGCGCCCCACUCAUCUGGGUGCACCGCAGUGCCCCCAGCAACGCUGGGUUGCAGACCGUCGCCGCCACCGCCGCCGCCACCAGCGUCCGCCACGCCAGCAGCACCGCCGCCGCCGGGGACACAGCUGCAGCCGCCUCUGAUGCUGCAGACGCUGGGCGCAGCGUGCUACAGCCGCCUCCACACCAGGACCUCAGCCCGCCGCUGGCCAAGCUACUGCCGGCCAUUGAGGACCGCUACCCGGCCGAGAUGGGUGUAGCGGCGGGCUGGGUGAAGGCGCGUGUGGCGGCGGCGCUGGUGGCGGCGGCGGGCCGGGAGGACGGGCGGCUGAGCGAAGAGGGCUGCGCGGCGAGGCGGCUGGCGGGGCUGUAUGACUGGGUGGUGGCCGAGUGGCGGCGGGACAAGGGCCCCGCCACGACGCUGCCGCCGCUGCUGCGAGACGCGCGAGCCCUGGUGGCGGCCCUGGCAGCGGAUCCGCUGUUCCGCCUCUCGCCGCCGCCGCCGACAACGCCGACAACGCCGCUGUCACCGUCAUGGCUGUCGGCGCAAGUCGGCGCGGGGUCGGCCGCAAGUGAUGUCAGCAGCAGCAGCAGCGUCGGCGGGAGCAGCAGCAGCGGGAGCAGCUGCGGCAAUGGGGCGGGCGAGGAGCAGGCAGCGACACCGCCUGAGGCUGUGUACGUGGACAUAUACGUUGACCCAUUGACACCGGGCCGAGGCGGCGGCGGCGGCGGCGGCGGCGGCGGCGGCGGCGGCGGCUUGACGGCUGGCGGGUUGGGCCUCAGUUUGUGGCAGGCGCGCACACAGCGCCGCACGUACACGGAGUGGCGGCGGCAGCUGCAGGCGGCGGAGAGGGAGGCGGCGGCGCUGAGGGCCGCGCUUGACAAGGCCGCAGCUGCCAUUUUGCCUGCAACUACAGCUGUAGCUGCGCCGGGUGGGGCGGCAGUAGCGCCGGCGGCGGCGGCGGUGGCGGCAGCGCUGGGGCGGCUGCGGGCGCGGUACCGGCCGGGCGGGUACGUGUGCGGCACGGCGGAUGAGGCGAGGCACCGGGUGGCGGAGGAGCUGCUGCGGCAGCCGGGGGCGGAGGCGCCGCUGGAGAUUGCAGUCGCGGCUGUGCGGCUGGAGGCGCUGCUGGAGGCGGCGCGGCGCCUGCCGGCCGGCCUGGCCGUCGCGGAGCCGCCCUCGGCGGCGGCGGUGGAGCGCGUGCUGCGAGAUGACCCCGCCGUCUUCGAGCUGGUCAGCAGCAGUGGCAGCAGUGGCAGCGGCAGUAGCAGCAGCGGCAGUGGCAGUAGCGGCGGUGGUGGCGGCGGUGCCGGCAUGUCGGUGCGACUUCGGCAGUGGCUGCUUGAAGCAGAUGCCCAGCAGCAGCAGCAGCCGGCCGCGGCCGCCGGGGCCGCCGCCUCUGCAGCCGGCGCAUCCGCUCCGCCUCCCGCUGCUACUGCCGAUGCGGCUCUUGCUGCUACUGCCGGAGCGGCUCCAGUGGAUAGCGCAGUCGCCGCACCACCAGCCGUCGCAGAGGGCGCGGCGGCGGCGGCGGCGGCGGCGCAAACACUGGCGGCGGCGGCGGGAGGGCCGCCGCAGGAGCCCGCGGUCGGGGACGCAGCAGCCGCCGCCACAGCCCUGCAAGCGCCGGCGGCAGAGGCGGUUUGUGUUGAUGCCGGUGCUAUUGCCGGUAGUGCUAUAGCCAAUGCAGGCAGUGCUACAGCCACAAGCGCGGCCGCUACAGCCGCCGCAGAUGCCGCCACUGCGCCCACCUGGCUUGACAAGGCGGCGGCGGUCAACAAAACGCUGCAGCAACGCAUGCGGGACCGUGGGACGAUUGUGUCCCUGCCGGAGAAGCUGGCGCCGCUGCUGCCGCACAUUGACGCGCGCUACCCGCUGCAGCGGUCUGCGGCGGACGCGGCGCGCAACCUGGCAGCCAAGCUGCUGCUGUGCGCGCCGCCGUGCGCGGCGUUGCGCCUGAGCCAGCAAGACGUCGCCAACUACCUGUACGCACAGCAAGCCAGCGCGUGGCCUGCGGCGGAGCAGCUACCCACUGGCGGUGUUUUCCCGACCCUGUUCGCUGGGGACCCGGCCUUCGAUCUGCGUGCCCGGGCUCCGGCGCAUGCCCUGUCCACCUACCGCGGCCGGUUGACGCACGUGCAGCUGCGUGUGAGGGGCCUGGGCCUGCCACCAGACGUGGAGGCGGCCGCGGCGGCGCACGUCACUGCCGCCGCGGCCACGGCAGCAAAGGCAGCGGCUGCAGAGGCAGCGGCUGCUGCUGCGGCCGAGGCAGCGGCCGAGGUGACGGCCGAGGUGACGGCCGCAGCAGCUGCAGCAACGGCGCCCGUUGGCUCGGAAGGCCCCGCCGCUGCGGCUUCGUCGCCGCCACCGCCGCCGCCAACAGGCAGCAGCAGCAGUAGCAGUAGCAGCAGGAGCAGGAGCAGUAGCAGCAGCAGCAGGAGCAGCAGCAGCAGCGACAGCCCGCCGCCUCGUCGCACCAGCCCGGAUGCGGCAGCCGUUGCCGCGGCGGCGGCGGCGCUGGUGGCGGGUCUCGACAAAGACGCGGCGAAGAGGUUGCCCGUACGGCGCACGCCGCUGCCGGCGGCGACCGCCGCCGCCGCCGCCGCCACCUCGCAGCAGCAGCAGCAGCAGCUCGCCGGAGCAGUGCCGCCUGCUGACGCAGCAGCUCUGGCGGCGCUGAGUGAGCGGCUGCAGAGGCGGGCGCGGCUGCGUGGGCACCUUGUGUCACUGCCGCCGGCCCUGGAGGUGCUGCUGCCGUACAUUGACACGCGCUACCCGCCGGACGGCACACACCUGGCGUGGGCCCGCAACUUGGCGGCGCGUAUGCUGCUGUGCUCGCCGCCGUCUGCGGCGCCUUUCCGGCAAGACAAGUCCUUAGUCGCCUCCUACUUGGGAGCCAUGUUGCGCGCCAGGACCGGGCAGGCCACGGGGCCGCUGCCAGACAAGUUCAUCGCCGGCGUCUUCCAUGAUGACCCGGCGUUCGUGACAGUGUCGGGGGCAGGGCCGGCGCCAGCUGCGCCGCCCACCGCUGCACCCUCAGCGGCGGCAGCCGCCCCGCCGGUGGACGCAGCGCUGCCGUCUGCUACAGCCCUAGCCCCUGCGUCAUCCGGGCGGGCAUAUCUGGAGCUCAACCUGUCGGCUCUGCAGCUGCCGCCGCAGGUGGUGGCGGCUGUAGCCGGGUCGUUCCACACGGGCACGCAGCUACAGCCGGGCACGCAGCUACAGCCGAAAGCACAGCUGGCGGCGCCACAAGAGGGGCCCGUGGUGGAACCGGCUGCGCCUGGCGUGGCGGCGCCUUCAGCGGCAGUAGCAGAGGGAUGCCCGCUGCCGGAGUUGGCUGUAGCAGCAGAGCCUGUGCAGCUGGAGCCGCCGCCACUGCAGCCACCGCUGCAGCCGGCGGCGGCUGUAGCACCUGAUGACGAGGCACGCACACGGGACUUCCUGGCGGCCUUUCUGAGGCGGCAGGGCCGCGCUGCUACAGCCGAUGCUUCUGAGGCGGCUGCUGCUGCUGCUGCUACAGCCGCUGGCGGCGCAGAGGGCGGCGCGGUCCCGGUGCCGGCGGCGGCGGCGGACGGCCUGGGCCACGCGGCCGGCGGCGCAGCUGUAGCAGACGCGGAGACGCUCGGUCUUGUGCACUCAGCACCGGGUCCAGCCCCACCGCCAAGUGCUACUGCCGCCGCUACUGCCGCUGCUACUGCCGCUGCGGACGGCUCUGCAGUGUGGUGGAAGCACGGCCUGAAUGCGGGCCGCGCUGGGGCCAUCGCCGGCGCCGGCGCGGGCCCUGCUACAGCCAACUGGUCGGGCAGAGCGGGCGCCGCGGGCGACGCGGCAGUAGCAGGGCAGGAGCAGCAGCAGCCCCAGCAGCAGGCGGCUACACCGGCAGGUGGCGGCGGCGGUUGGACUCUGACGGGUGCGUGGCAGCACGUCAGGGCGGCGUGGGCCGCCGUCAGUGCUGGCGGUGUCGGCGGCGGCGGAGGCCCUCUCACCCCGCCAGACGCCGCCGCCACUGCCUACGAUGCCGCUCAGCAGUUUGGUGCCGCCGCCGCCACGCAGCCGCAAACCUCGGCUGCUACAGCCGCCACUACAGCCGCUGCUGUCCACGUGCCGUACGGCAGCUCGAGUAACCCCCGGUGGUCGGAGCUGCACGGCCGGCUGCAGCGGCUGCAGGCGGAGCUGCGGAGCUUGGCGCCCGUGAUUGCCGGGAGCAAUGACGCCACGCAGCAGCAGCUAUCGGGGCAGUGGGCAGCAGCGGCCUCGCCGCCGCCGCCGCCGCCGCAGCCGCCGCGCCACCCGCACCGCCACCACACAGCCGCCUCCACGCUACUCGGCACGCCCCUCUCCCUCAACGACCCCGACCCCGACCCCGACCCGGCGGACCUCGGCACCUCCCAGCUGACGUCAGCAACCGCCACAACGACCUCCGCUGCCGCUACCGCCGCCGCCGCCGCCACCAGACAUGCGGCGGCCGCCGCCGCAGUUGGGCACGCGGACGUGGUUUACCCCCAGACAGGACACUACUACUCCUGGUGUAAACACACACUUGUAGAGGUGCUGGCAAGGCAUGGGCGGUACGUGGCGGCGGCGCCGCCGCUGGCCGCUGCUGAGGGCGCAGCGGGCGUGGAGGUGGUGGCGGCGGCGGCGUUGGCGGAGGCAGCACGGGGGCCGGGGGCGUCGGAGGCGGGGGCGGGGGUUGCGGCGGGGCCACCGCGCGGACCCACUCUCCGGAUGAGCUUGAUGGCUGCAGGGGCGCUGAUGGACCAACACUACGCCGCCCGCCCCCACCUGUCGCCCACCGACCCGCGCACCGCCGCCCGGCGCAAGAGCCUUCGCCACCAGCUAGCCGCAGUCGUGGAAGACGACCCGCGCUUCGCCGUGCUACUGCCGCCGCCCGACGCCGACAGCGCUGCUACAGCCGCUGCUGGGUCGGCUGCUACAGCCGGCUCAGGCUCGCGCAGUGGCAGCGGCAGUAGCAGUGGCGCGUCGGGGAUAUAUGCGGAGCUUUUAAGCUCUCGCACUGCCGGCGGCGGCGGGGGUGGUGCCGGUGGUGCUGGUGCUGGGGCGGAGGUGGCGCUUGUGCUGGACGAGUUGGAGGCGGCGGCGGCGGCGGGCCAGGCUCUGGAUGCAGUGCCGCCGCGCAUUCGCCGCAGCAUCGAAAAGGUCAAGGCCGCAAUGAGUCCGAUGGCGGUGGCAGAGGUGCUGCUGGCGGCGCCGGCGUCAAUCAUUCGGCGACUGGCGGCGGAGCGGCUGGCGGCGACGGAGGCGGCGGCGGCGAUGGCGGCCGCGCCGCCGCCGCCUUGGCUUACCGCCGCCGCCGCCGCUGCCAGUGAUGUCGCAGAUGCUGGUGUGGCUGUUGUGGACGUGGGCGUGGAGAAGGCUCGGCGCGAGCACGCCGGGCUGCUGCAGCUGCUGCGGGAGGUGGCGGCGCCGCGGCCGGGCGAGGCGGCGGGGCCGCCGGCGGCGCCCGGCGGCGCCGCCAGGCACUUGGAAGUACAGCCGCCACGCUACUACACGCGUUACUGGGCCGCAAAGAGCUCGGCGGCGGCUGCAAUGGCCAGUGGCGGCGGCGGCGGCGGCGGCGCGGACCUGGGGCCAGCGGGGCAGGAGACGGCUGUAGCAGAUGUAGGGGAAGAGCCGGCUGUAGUAGCAGCAGCCGCAGACGUGCUGGCGGCGGCUGCGGAGGCGGCGCCGGCAACGGGCGUCGCGGCGGUGGCGGCGGAGGUGGCGGCGGCGGAGGUCGAAACGGAGGCGGAUCCACAGAGCGAACAUGAAGCCACGGCGCAGACGGCGUCUCAAGCAGCGGCGCCGAGUGAGCUGGCCAAGGAAGGUGACGAGCAGCCGUCAAAUCGUCUUGGAGGCAGCUCGGGUGCCGCUACUGAGACCGGCAGUAGCAGCAGCCGCGGCGACGGAACCAGUGGCAGUGGCGGCCGCAGCCGCGUUCGCAGCCGCGGCAACGGCGGCGGCGGGGGGCAGCAAAUGCACAUCGACGUCGGCGGCGUGCGGGUACGUGUGGUGGUCCUCGCAUCGGCCGAGCAGCUCACGCAGCACGGCGGCGGCGGCCGAUGGGACAGCGGCAGCGGCAGUAGCAGCGGCAGCAGCUUUGGCAGUAGCAACAGCAGCAGCAACGGCAGUAGCAACGGCAGUAGCAACGGCAGUAGCAGUGGCGGUGACGGCAGUAGCGGCGGUGUGCUGGACCACCUGUCGCGUGUAAGCCAUAUGGCGGUGGACACGGAGGCGGCGCACAGGCAGUUGGCGCUGCUGCAGAUCUACGCGCCGGCGGUGGAGGGGCACUACCCCGCCACCUGCUACCUGAUAGACCCCCUGAUGGCCGGCAGCCCGGCGGCGCGCCGGCGGCUGCUGGCGGCGGUGGCAGCGCCGCUGGAGGAUGAAAGGAUCACCAAAGUCGGCUUUGACCCCCGAGCGGACAAGGAGCUGCUGUACAUGUACGAGAUCCGCAUGCGCCGUGUGGUGGACGUACAGGAGGUGUACGGCGUGGCACGAGCCGCCUGGACCCAGGGGUCAGGGUCGGGGGCGGCGGCGGCGGCGGCGGCGGCGGCGGCGGGAUCACAAGAGGCAGCAGUGGCGGCCGGCGCGGGGCCGAGGGCGGGAAUGGGAGCGGGAGCGAGCGAGUCGGAGGCGGCCGUGGCCCCGCCGGCGCCGCCGACGGCGCCGGCGGGUGCCACGGCGACGCUGACACGGGAGGGUCUGGCGGCGUCGCGUGUGGGUCUUGGCGAGGUGCUGCGGGCGGCGGGCUACGAGCACACACACAAGGACCUGUUCCGCGGCGCCUACAACAGGGGUGAGGCGCCUUGGUCCCAGCGGCCUCUCACACGCGAGAUGAUCAAAUACGCGGUGCAGGACGUGCACCCGCUGCUGGACACGUACCGCGCCCUGCUGCGGCACCUGCUGGACGACCCCGCAGCCCAGCCCGCAUUCCUCAUGCAGCAGCCGCAGCAGCAGCCGGCACAGCAGCAGGCGCAGGCGCAGCAGCAGCAGCAGCAACAGCAGCAGGAGCAUUAGGUCUGCCAGCAGCAGCAGCAGCAGCAGCAGCAGCAGCAGCAGCAAUAGCAAUAGCGGCAGGAGCCCCGCACGCAUCAGGCGCAACACGCCAUGACGGGGCAGCUGGUGGCGGUAUCGGCGCCGGUGUCAUUGCCUCAGGGAGCCCCAGCAAUGAGGGGCAGGGGGCAGUAGGGGCAUGAUCGGGAUUGGGAUCAGUACCAGAAUUAGAAUCGGCGUUGGGGGGACCGCCAGCUGGCAUGUGGAUUUCAUGGGGCUUGGCGCGAACGUUCAAUCGGGUGUGGGACGAGGCAGGUGUAAGCAAUUUAGGGCCGCUGGAUGGUGGUGGGGCAGGUGUUUUGGAGUAGCAAGGCAUCGUGCCUGAACCUAGACGUGGAUGAGAAGCAUGGUGAGUGCGGAUGGCGUUGUGACAAGCAACAGCGAAUCGAGGACAUGCGGGGGUGUGGUGGGCAUCUAGGGCCAGGGGUUGGCCGGAUGGCGGGCCAUGGCCUGCCCCUUGCCAUGUUCCAUCACGAGCAACGCAUGAGAGGCGCGUUGACAUGUGCGACACUGGAUGAUGGUCUUCUUUAAUUCAUCGCUA